AUGCAAGAUUUAAAGGUUAUUCAAACAAGAUUAAAUGAUGAUCUCUUUUCAGCAACACAAGAAACGUGUCUUGCUUUAUGUCGUGUACAAGACGUAACAAAAAAAUCAAAAGAUAAGAUGUACAUUCUAUGCGCUUGUAUUUAUCAAAAAGCAGAUCCACAACCAACAUUACAUCUAGUUCGAUUAGGUGAAAAAACAAAUGAAAUAGCUAAAAAGAAAAUAAACAUAAUAUUAUCUGAUAUAAAAACAAUUGAUUAUGCUCCAGUAAUAAAUGAUAAACGUCAACAAUCAUCACUUGGUAUUGAUAUAACAACAGCAGAUCGAGAAUUUACAUUUCUUGCCUCAACAUCAGAAGAAAAAAAAGAAUUUAUUACUAAUUUAAGAAAAAUAACAGCUCAUUAUUUAAAACAUAGUCGAGAAAAACCUAAAUAUCUUAAUAUUCCAAAUGAUGAUGAUUUACUAGGAAAUACACAAAAUCUUGAACCAUUAUCAAGUCGUACAUCAUUACCUGAAACAUGGGAUGCUAUAACACAACAAGAAGAACAAGAUUUAACUAAUCUUAUGUCAGAAUAUGAUUUUGCUAUUAAAGAUGCUGAACGUUUUGUUGAUAUGCUUCAACAACGUUUAACUGAUCUUGAUGUGGCAAAUGUUGAAACAGUAAUGGCAUCAGAAAAAGGUGCUGUUCAAUUAAUGAAUAUGUUAGAUAAAGCAGUUGAAGAAAUAUCAAAAAUUGAUGGUCGCUUAGGUCUUUAUGAAAAAAAAUUAAGUACAGUAGCUGAUGCAGUUAAAAUUAUGAGUCGAAAAGAUUCAUUAAUACAAAUUGAAACAGCUAAUGUUAAAAAACUCAGUGAAACACUUGAAAAUUUACUGAUAAGAUUAUUUAAAAUUUAUUUUUCAUCAAUAAAUAAUUCGUUGAUUUUGUUCUUUUUUUUUUUUUCGUCAUUAAAAACAAAGGAAAUGCAAGAUUUUUCCGAUGAUUAUAUUAAAUUAUUACAAAAUAGUGAUUUAACAAAUGAUAAUGAUCGAACAAUGUGUAUUCAAGCAGCAACAUUAUUAACUCAAGCAUUAGGUGUACAAUUACAACCAGGAAUGGAAAAAAUGGCUGCUAUUAGACAACGACGAGAUUUACUUGAACAAACUCAAAAAGCAUUUUCAUUACGAUGUAAAAAUUUUCUUAGUAGUAAAUUUGUUUUUCAUUCUCAAGAAUAUGGUGAUCCUUUUGAAUUAGGUGGUAAUGAAUUACCACGUCAUGGUGAAAAAAUAAUCAAACCACUUUUACCUUUUAGUCCUUUAUGUCAAUGGUUAAAAGUAUCAUCACCAAAUCAUUUUAAAGAUGUUUGUCAAGCCUAUAUUUCACAAAUACGACCAAUUUAUGCUAAAGAAAUUCAUGGUUUUUUUGAAUCAGCAAAAUUAGGUGUUACACGUGGUGUUGUUUCAAUGUCAGAAAAAGGCGCAGCUGGAUCUAUUUCAACAUUAAAUACAAUUCGUAGAGAUAAACAACAUAAUCAAAAUUCAUCAGUUGGUGGUAUACCAGGUUAUGAUCCAUUUUCAUUACGAAAUUCAACAAAAGAAUUUCGUACACGAUGUGAUAAAAUUUUUGAACGUGUUUUAAUGCAAAUUGCACCUGCUGUACGUGAAGAACAAUUAUUUUGUGUGAAUUUCUUUAAUUUUCUCGAAGAAGAAACUGUUUCGGGUGAUAAUGCACCAGAAUCAACAGAAAGUAUUGAAAAUUUUAGUUCAUCAGGAUUAAAACAAAUGCUUUCGGACUUAUUUGAACCAUUUGAUAAAGAAAUAAAAGCAUUAAUUACUCAUAUUAAAAAUGUUGAUCCAUUUACGGUUCUUUAUUUAUUUGUUCGUAUGAGUGAAAAUACAAUAGCUGUACAAAAUUUUGGAGCAUUUCUUAAUAAAUUAUUUGCUGGAAAUUUAAUAUUACUUAAACGAGAUGUUGAUAGUUAUAUUAAUGAUAUAUGUGUACGUAUAACUGAAUAUCGUCCAGUUAAAAAUCGUCGAGUUGGAAUUUUACCAUUUGUGAAUUAUUUUGCAGAGUUUAGUGAAGAAGCUGAAGUUAUUUUUGAUAAAUCAGCAAGAGCAGUGGAUUUACAUAGAGUUUAUAAAAAUUUAGUAGGAGCUAUUUUUCGAGGCAUUGAAGAAUGUGCUGCUACGAUGGUUCAUGAUGCAAAAAUACCUGAUUCAAUGAUUCGACUUGAAAAUUAUCAUCAAAUGCAACAUAUAAUGGGUAUCAAUAAAUUAUCUGCAUUAGAAAAUGAAAAACAAGAAGCACGAAAACAUUAUAAUGCUGCCAAAGCUGAAUAUGAACGUGAAUAUUGUAGAUUUCCAUUUGAACGAUUACAUAAUUUUUUUGAACGUGUUGAUGAACUUCGUAAACGUUUAGCUAAAGAUGAAGAUGUACAAUUUCAAAGUGAUUGUAGUGUUAUUGAAUUACGUCGUCUUGUUCGUGAACAUCCACCAAAAGAAGUUAAACGUGGUUUAGAAAAUUUAUAUAAAAAAAUUGAAAAAUAUUUAUCAGAAAAUUCAUCUCUUACGCAAGCAAUAUGGCAUGAUAUUCAAACUCUAGUAUUAGAAGAACAUCAACGAAUGACAAAAUUAAUUGAACUUUGUUAUCCAAAUUCGAAUAUACAACUAGAAUUUACUGUUGACCAUUUACUUGCGUUUUUUACAGAAACAGCACAUACUUCACCUUAA